CUUUUUCUGCUGGAUUCGUUGGUUCUGGUGGAAGUUCGCCCGUAGUCGCGUAUUUUAAGCAUUCUAUUAUAGUCGUUUUUCCAGAUCCAUUAGGUCCAACAAUUAUUGUAAGAGGAGUUUGA